UUCGGCACCGACUCCAAUCCAGUGUAUAUUUUCCAGCGCUAGACAAGUUGAUUUUUCGUCUGUUCGUGCAUCAUCUUAAUUUUGUUAUAAUUUUUGCAAUAGUAAUAUUUUCAAGUUUCGAGAGUAAAUUUCGAGGCAAUUUCCGAGACCGAAGAUCAUACAUUUGAGGGUGCGACUGGAAAGUUGAGCCUGAAGCUCGAAAUUGUUUUUUCGUGGGCAAGAAGACGCCUGGUGGCCGAAAUUUUCUCGACUCCGGAACGCGGUAGACGACGGGUCCUUCCGAGAAGCCGGGGCGUAGCGCGACCUCCGAAUAAGGCGAAAAGUGAAAAUUUUCCUGUUCUGGAAUAACGCACAUGGGCGGGAGUGGAUUUUAAGUGUUCACGGUUGUCAAGUUUCCUCCGAAUAGAAAAAAAAGUCCUUUAAAGUGGCAAAAGUUAGUUGAAGAGAAAGUUUGAAAGUUUUCCGUUCUCCCUACGUGACUGGAUUUUGAGUUCCUCGCGUCUUCUUCUACCACUGAUCAAUCAAUCUACAUAAUACUACCACUACUACUACUACGACUACUAGUUAUUGUUCCAUCCGUGACUUGGUUUAAAUUUUCAUCGGUCCGGGAGUGAGAAUCAUCGACGACGACGGCGAAGACGUCGGCCAUCGAGUGUUAGAAGAUAAAACGAAAAAUUGAUACAUAUAGCAAAACCAAUUCCACCUUUUUCUCUAAACCAAAGUAUUGUAAGAAUAAAUCGAAGGUGCUUCUGAAAAGAGCGAGAGCGCAGACGACGGUCCGGGAAUUUUCCGAGGCAAACACGCCCUAAACCGAGCUAGCGACGAGAUAAGCGAUAACACCAACUAAAACUACCAGUAAAUCACAAAAGCAGUUUUUUUUCCAUCCCAUAAAUCUCCCCUUCGCGAAGAAGCAGGACGCGGCUCUGAAGCGCAAAGUUGUGGAAAAACUCGGAAAAUUUUAGAGGAAAAAACGGGAUCAUAGGUGAUAAGGAAAUUUUACAUCUUGUAAUCUUUUGGAUGCACUUUCAUGAUAUAAUAAGAUACUAGGGAAGAACAAAACACAACCACGAGGAAACAUUUUUGAUAUUCGGAUUUGGAUCUCUUUCCUUGGCAACAACGCGAGAUAUAUACAAGAGAAAUAAGAAAGUCGAGAAAAAACAAUAUACAAUAUUUAUAGCAAAAAACCGAGAUAAGAAAAGGAUCAAUUGCUUCCUAUUUACAAUAUAAAACCAAACUUAGCAAAUAAAUUAGCAAAAGAGACGAAAACAACAGCAGCAUCAAACUCGAAAGACGAGGAUUUCAUCCCCGAGGACAUACUAAUUCCGGUCACUCACACCAGAGACGCCAUUGCACGUCAUCCAACCAAUACAAAUCGACCGCUUUCGAAUCUAUACCCCGAGGCACUUCGUUACCACCCACUGAAAUUCAAUCGCGAAUCAAAAGAGAGAUAAAAAAAAGUUAAACUUUUCUCCAGUUUCCCAGAGGAAUUCCCACACGAGUCAAACUUGUAUUCCGAACUUGCACAACCCGUUUCCAGGCGAGAUCACGAAAACCGAACGCGUGUACCUUUACUUGAGCAUCCAAUAACAGCAACUAAAAAUCGCAACCAAAAACCAAGAGUCAGAUUAACGACAAUCAACACUUAGCAGCACCACAACAAGAACAACAGCAACAAACACCCAAGGCAAACCAGGAGUGAAAUUUGAAACUACACUACAAAAAAACAACACAAUACGAGAGCGUAACGCUCCCGCCACCACAUAGAUUCGGAUUCGCCGGUUGAAGCUUUUCCUAUAAUAUUGGUCGCCCCUAGAACGGAUCGGAGAAUUUCCUGCAGAAAUCCAGAAGCAAAAGCAGAUUUAAGAAUUAGAAGAGAAUUUCCUUUACUAUAAGACAAAGAGAAAGAGCAGAAUUUCCAUUACAUUAGCUAUAUUACAGCGAGUGCAUAGCACGACAUUCCCCGUGAAAGAUUAGAAAAUCAGUCUAAGCUACUAAAAGAAGUUGAUAGUGAUUUACCUUAGCGCUAGCGCUACCACGUUGUUAGGAGCAAACGAUUUGUAUCUGAUUUAGAGCGAAAGCAAAAGCAAACAGAGCAACAGCCAAUCCAUCCAAAACACAGUACCAGACACUAAUCUAGAGAGCACAGAUAACCAGCAGAAAAGACCGCGCACGGCAAGCAGACGAUGAUGGCGAACGGUUUGGAGACAGUGCAGCAAAACGGUCGCUCCGGUUCCAUCGGCAGCGGCCAGGAGGACAGCAAGACCAACCUGAUCGUCAACUAUCUGCCACAGACGAUGACCCAGGAGGAGGUGAAGUCACUCUUCUCCAGCAUCGGCGACGUCGAGAGCUGCAAACUGAUUAGGGAUAAAGUUACCGGACAAAGUCUCGGUUACGGCUUCGUCAACUACCACCGCCCGGAAGAUGCGGAUAAAGCAAUAAAUACGUUUAACGGAUUAAGACUACAGAACAAAACGAUCAAGGUGUCGUUCGCGCGGCCCAGCUCGGACGCCAUCAAGGGCGCCAAUCUGUACGUGUCCGGCCUGUCGAAGAGCAUGACCCAGCAGGAUCUGGAGGCGCUCUUCCAGCCGUACGGUCAGAUCAUCACGUCGCGCAUCCUGUGCGACAACAUUACCGGCCUAUCGAAGGGUGUCGGCUUCAUCCGGUUCGAUCAGCGCUCGGAGGCGGAACGGGCCAUCCAGCAGCUGAACGGUACCACGCCGAAGGGUGCUUCCGAACCGAUCACGGUCAAGUUUGCCAACAACCCGAGCAAUAACAUCAACAAGGCGAUCCCGCCGUUGGCCGCCUACCUGACGCCGACGCCGAACCUGCGGCGGUUCCCGCCCGGGCCGAUCCACCCGCUCAGCGGGCGUUUCAGCCUUCCUUCCAACUUCAGUCGCUACUCCCCGUUGACUGGCGACCUGGGCACAUCAGUUCUCUCGGCCAACGCCAUCAACGGUUCCGGCUGGUGUAUCUUCGUCUACAACCUGGCUCCGGAGACCGAGGAGAACGUCCUGUGGCAGCUGUUCGGCCCGUUCGGUGCCGUACAGAGUGUGAAGGUCAUCAAGGACCUCCAGACCAACAAGUGCAAGGGCUUCGGCUUCGUCACGAUGACCAACUACGACGAAGCGGUGGUCGCCGUCCAGUCCCUCAACGGAUACACCCUCGGCAACCGGGUUCUCCAGGUCAGCUUCAAGACGAACAACACCAAGUCAAAAACGAACUAAAACUGGGAAAAAUUCUAAGUUUGUAUUCUUCCCACUCGCACGCAACACACGGUUCGAAGUUGAAUCCCACGUGAACGACAGAUAAGAUAGUAAUAGUCCCUUCCUUGUCCUACCUUCCCCGUUCCCUCACAUCCCUCAGCGAAGAAUACACGCCGAACACAAAAAAUAAAGCAUGAACAUAAAAUACUUGCAUUUGUCACCCCUUGUUUCCCGAAUAGGAAUCACUUCAAAAGACGACACCUGUUCCUUAUAUAGAACGAACAAAAUCCAACAUAUUCAGUGUAGGAAAGUAGCGUCUCCUGUGUUGUUUUCCCGAGGAUUCUAAUUUACUUUGAAUGCAUGCAGCAACACUCGACAAAAGAAAGCCGAAAGGAAAUAUCAUUCGUAAAGUUAUUAAGAUAUCAAGUGAAUCAAUGGAAUACUCUUAUAACAAAAAUUUAUUAAGAAAAAUAUACGAAGACGAAGUGAAACAACAGAAAGGUGCAAUAAUAUUUCAAAAAUAUUGUAUAUAGACGAAUACAGAAAAUAAUUUGAUAUUUCCUAACUAGCAAAAAAACAAUGCAAGUCAAGCCGAAUUACUGAGGAAGAACAACAAAUAGCAGAAUCAUUUAAAACUCAAAGAAAAGCCGAACACUAUAAUUGUUAUUAGCCAUUUACCGAGUCGGUUGAGGCACGUUCGGCCGUCAUCCAGCACCAUCUAGCGGCGAGCACACGAGAAUGGAAGAACUCAAUCGAAGCAACCCUGUUUGCCGCCGCGAUCCCACGCGAGUUGAAGGAAAUUAGCGAAUUUUAUCGAACGCUCAAUGUUUACUCUCAGACGAUGAAAAUGAAGCAAAAGAAACUAAAAGAAGUCGAAGACCCAAUUGAAAAACAAAAAAAACAAAUAUAAAUGUGCAAUAAUGUAGUAGGAACAUGGUACUAUCCCUAUAUAUUUAAAUAUAUAUUAGCCAAAUUGAUUCGUGCGGGGAAGCGGCGCUCGGGAGUGCAGUGGGCGAUCGGUCGGACCCGAACAGCCGAGUCGUAGCCGAACCGUGUCCACUCGGUAACACGCUGAAUGAUCUCGUAACUAAAUUGAAGCUAAUCUAAAUAUAACGCAAACAAAAAAAAACUCUAUUUAUUUAUAUACUAAUUUAUUCUUGAAUGUUUCAAUAUGACGUGAAUAGUAAACACAGCAAACAAAAAAAAACAAAUGAAAUCAUAAACAACGCGUAACUUUUAAGGAGGAAAGCGAUGAUGAUAAAGAAGAUCAUAAAACCAAUGGGAAUGGUGUAAUAAGUUCAUUUAAUUCAUUAACCUUAUAAUUGUAAUCUCACACAUUGUAUAUUUAUUCAACGGAUAAUUUAUUUAAUCAAUAUUAUACAAACUUAACGCAACAAGCAAACAAAUGUAAACGCUAAUUAUCGAUGGAUUUUUGAAUUUUUAAGAACAUCACAACCUAACUACAACAACGCAAAUGCAAUUUUAAGUAACACUUCUCUUAAGCCGUAUUAAUCUUAAAACUCUUCUUUCAAACUGUGUCCACUUUUCAAUCGAGUCGAGAAUAAAUCCCGAAAUCGAUCAUCUAUCGCUCUCUAUCUUUCUAAUUGUAAUUGUUCUCCCCCAUUUUCCUAACGAAAUGAAAAAAAAACGGAAACAAAACAUGUGAAACAUCAAAUUAAUCGACACGAUAGCAGAAAAGACGAACACUGACACAUUUAAAAACACACACACACACGAACACAUUCCAAACAGUUUGAUUUGACAGCAACGCAAACACACUUACGAACUCAAUCUAGUCACCCUAAUUUAUAUAAACAUAAAUGGUUUUAGAUAUAAUUCUCUCGUGUUUGACUUUGUUUUUGACGUUUGUUCUUUGAAUCAAGAAGAAUGAGAAGGUGGAAAAUCAAACAAAAAAAAAUGAUGAAGGAAAAUGUACCCGUACUGCAAUUGAUUUAGUGUUAUGUUUAGCGUUUAAGUGGGACUAAGCAGGAGGAAACUAACUGAAAAAAAAAACUUUUUUCGUGGCUCGUACUCGUUUACUAAAACCAAAAGGAAAUUGAAUUUAAGCAAAUUUGACGUCUAAGUAAAGAAAAAUAUUCAGAAAAUACUCUUACAAAAUGUUGGUAGUGAAAUUUUACUUCAGUGGGUUUUUUCUCUCUCUUAUAAUCCCUUAUAUCAAUGUUUAUAUUCGUGAUCAGUUCUUAAACUAAAUUUAAAUUAGUGGAACUAAGUUUAAGGUGAAUUUAAAAACUAUAAACACGACAAUUGCGCUUAACUCAAUUUUUAAACUAACUGAACGGAAGCCAUCUUAUAUGUGAUGCGUCGUAGCAGGCGGUGAGACAGAACAAAGAAUAGGCGGAGGCAAGGUCGGUGAGAAACAAAAGACAACAAAUCUGGUACGCACACUGAAGCGAUCUUUGAUCUUUGUUCAGAUUCCUAUUUUCAGACGAUCUCUUUGUUAUUUCUCUGACAAGGCUACUUUAAAUCAAUUGUGUGAGCUAAAACAAAUAAUAAAGUAUUAGACAACCGAAGCAAAACCUAUGUAAAUUUAGUAGAGAAAAAAUAAAAAAUAUUAAUGAUUUUAUGCGUAAAAAUUACUUUCAUCAAUUUUAGUCAAAAUUUUAUUGAUUAGAUAUUAUAUUCAUAUAAAUUAUUCAAGUCGCAGCAUACGCAAUAUGUUUAAGGAAAAGUAUUGUAUCAAUUAUUGUGCAAGUAGACACAUCAGAGCAACAGCCAUCAUUUUGAAAUAAAGAGAAUGGAGUGUGCCAUUUAACAGCUAAUCGGAAAUAAACAAUCAGAGCCAGCUAGGUCCGCAUCACUCGAACGGAAUGACAGUUCUCAGUACCGAAUGCUUCACUCACACACACAUACACCGACACAUCCACAAGCGUAAGCCAGUAAGUUCAUUGUACGAUCACAUAAACUACAGAGGGCAGAUAAUUUUACGGCAAAGCCUGCUUGAUCGGGUAUUGCACGACAAACAAAUUAACCUAUUUUCUUACAUUUGACGCACACAAACGAAAGAACGCAAACUCACACAAACACGAACAAAAUUCUUCGCAGAAUCGCGCCUAGAAUCACACAAACACAAGCAAAAGCAAGAUGAGCAAACUUGUCAUUACUAUUGAUAUUGAAUUUUAUGUAUUCGAACAAGAAAACUAAAAGAAAUUAAAGAAAAUUAUAAGAUACAUGUUAUAUUUGCAUAUUAUUAUAACGAAAACAAAAAAAACUACUCUAUUAUCAUUCAUUGAAAACAACUGAAGCAAAAUGGAAGCGCAAAACUUUUCCAGAGUUAUCCAGAACUAAUUUCUCUAACGUGAUGUAGCCAUUGUGAACAACCAAACGCAAACCAAUCCGAAUCUCCCAUUCUACAAACAGAAAACAAGCAAAAUCCAUUUACAGGAAAAGACAAACCGCAAUUUUUACCCCCCGUUGUAUUGAGAAAAAGAUCGAACGAUAAAAAUCUGUUAUUUUACUAGGCAAAAUAUUGAGCAAGGCAAAUAAUUCCCGAAACAGCAAGAAUAAUAAUAAUUAAACAACAUAAGACAAACAAAAAACAACUGUUGGUAAACAAUGAGACUGGAUGUAAAAGUUUUUAAAAAACACUCAGUGUAAGCGAAGCAUUUGUAUUCAGCGCGCAAACUUACAGAAAGAAGACAGAACAAAACACCCGAAGCAUACGUUUGUAGCGAACAACUUCCAUGAAGGAAACAAUAACCGACGACUAACCAGUGAAGCAGAAAACGGCAGCAGAAGUACGUCGUAAUGUCAACGAAUACAACGAGCAAAUCAUACGGAGAAAAAAACAUACAUUAACAGAUUAACAAAGCAAACCAAGCACACACACACAUAAAUCGAUCAAACAUUUUCACUUCAGUCCAUUGUGUGUGUGACAAGGGAAGAAGAGGGCGCCACACGCCAGAGUAAAAGAAAGAAACACCAAGAUGACGCUUUUAAGGUCCUACCAUCUUUCUGGAUUGUUUACAUACUACCAGACCUCAAACAGACAUUUUCAGUUCCACACAUCAAGACUCUUUCCAGACUGAACGUCUACUUUCUGCGCAACAAAAACAACAAAAAUAAUCUCCAUCCAUUCGUUAGACGACAAUGACAGCUAUCAACAGCUAAACAAUGACAUUUAGAGGGCAAGGCACAAAAGUGAUAGCGCAAAAUCCACCACCACAGUAGGCCGAGUGACCCGUUAGACAGAUGCCACUGCUGCAUCGCGCCGAGGGGCCUAGCGUCGAGCCCCAUCUCGCCCUUACUCAAUCCCUCUGCUCUGCUGCUAGUUGUAGUCCGAUACUGUGGCAAACACCCACAACAAGUAGGAAAUUUUCUCACUCAUGUGAAAAACCAAUACGCUUAUUUAGACCCGAAAAUUUUCCCCUCAAUCAGAGAGAAAAAAAAACAGAGCCAUUUUCCCCACCUUGGAGAUUGAGAAAGUCGAACGCUGCUGGAUCGAUGCGAUAAAAGGACCGUUCGGCGCGAUCAGUAUAAUAGUAAACAAAGAAUAUUACAACCCAUUAAGAUCAAGUGUCAGACCGAAAUACAAUAUGAUUGUUUCAGUACCCCUUAACAAGCAAACCAAAUCUACAUUAAUGGCAAUUGUAUAGAAAAAAAUAAAGUUUUAUGAAUCACAAAACCGAUAAAGCAUUUUAUUUUCGAUCCACUACAGCAUUCAAUGGUCACAGGAAAUAAAAUAGAAGCGCAAAACAUCGGAAAAUUCAUCGGACUGCCUGCGCUAACAAGAACAAUAGCCUGAGCAGCAGUAAACCAGUGAAAUUAUAUAAAACUUAAUAAUUAACGAGAAGAAAACGUAAAAAAAUAUUAUCAGUAUUCAAAAAUCCCCAAAUUAAUGGAAAACUAAGCUACAAAACCUAUUUAAUUGAUUUUUAUGUCAUUUUAGAAAAAGAGGAAAACGGUAAUAAAAGCAAAUAAAACAGUUUAAAAACAA